AUGUGUCAGGAGUCAGCCAUCACAGCGUCUUAUGAUGUGGCACUCGAACUUGCCAGGGCAAAGAAGCCACUGUCGGAUGGAGAAGUUGUUAAGAGGUGCGCGGUGAAAAUGGCCAAAGCAUUUGGUGACAACAACAUAGCUAAAAAUUUUGAAGCUGUGUCCUUGUCCCGACGCACAGUAACACGCAGGAUUUUUGACAUCCACGAUCACGUCGAUGUAAAAAUGAAACAAGUCAUGCAGGACUGCAAAUACUUCUCAUUAGCUUUGGAUGAGAGUACAGAUGUGACAGAUGUCAGCCAACUGCUGGUUUUUGCGAGAACGAUUGACAAUUCAUUUUAUGUACAUGAGGAGUUACUGAAAUUUGCAUCUCUGCACGACACUACUAAAGGCAGCGAUAUAUUCAACGCCGUUACCGGUGCUGUGGGUGAAUACGGUGGCUUUGAAAAGCUGUCAGCUGUUGUUACGGAUGGCGCACCUGCGAUGCAGGGAAGACACCGAGGUUUCGCCGGGCUACUCAGGCAGAGCGGAGUAAACUGCCCUAUACUGCACUGCAUCAUCCAUCAGGAAGCCCUCUGCGCAAAGACGUUAAACUUUGGCCACGUCAUGGAUUUGGUGACAAAAGUCACUAAUAUCAUCAGAGGAGGGAACAGAUCGCUAUGUCACCGGAGGUUCAUCACCUUUCUGGAUGAAGUGGAUGCCGAGUAUGGGGACUUACAACUUCAUACGGAUAUCAGGUGGAUGAGUCGAGGAAAGUGUCUGGAGCGUUUUUUUGCACUGCGCUCGGAAAUACCAGCGUUCUUGGAGAACAGCAUUAGAUGGUGCAUCCUUCAGGCCCAGCUAGGGCCCAUGGUUGUUCAGGCCUCUUCCUUUGUGAUCAGGAAGAAGGUGAGGACGAAGUAG